UUGUGGUUUGACGUUUGACAUUUGAUAAAUGUUGAUGGCCGCCCAUUAAAUUUUUCCCUCUUUCAACCAGCUUUCAACUCAAGGCGCAAGGAAAGCAUUCCCAAUAAUAACUAAAUAUUCAAGCUGAUGAACCAGCGAUCUUUUUGGAAAAUAUUAUAGAAACAAGGCGCUCCAAAUAAUGGCAGACAGCAUAGAAGAGUUAUACGAAACGUAUAACAUUCUCACGGAAGCAAAAGAAAAUGUAUCCAAGCACUCCCAAGAGUAUUUGAAGUGUAUGGAGCGUACCAAAGGUAAUGACAAAGAGAAGAAGCUCGCAGCACAAAUAGUCUCGAAGUUUUUCAAACAUUUUCCUGAUCUUCAAGAAAAAGCUUUAAAUGCCAUAUUCGAUCUUUGUGAAGAUGAUGACAGUAUGAUAAGAAUCAGUGCAAUGAAGGUCUUGCCAGCAAUAUGCAAAGACUCCAAAGAGUAUGUACCAAAAGUAACAGAUAUUCUGGCACAACUGUUGCAACUUGAUGAAUCUGAUCACAAUACCCCUACAAAUACUUUGUCUCAGAUUUAUAAGGAAGACCCUGUUGGUACACUCAAGACAGUUUUUAACCAUGUCAGCAGUACCGAUGAUGCAACAGAAAGGGAGAAGUGUUUGCAGUUUAUUUAUAAGAAGAUUAUAAAAAUGGAGGAAAAAUUGACAAGUGAAAUCUAUGAUCUAUUGUUAGAAGAAGGGAAAAAGAUAAUACCAACUUUAUUUGACCAUGGGAUUCCAAAAUAAAUUGCAAAUUAACAUUGCCACUUUUUCUCUUCUACAAGAUGGCAUAAUUAGAAUUUCAAUAUAACGUUUUGUCACUUGGCCUCCAGCAUUGACUUUAUUUUUUCUUAUCGAUGCCAUAUUGUCAUGCAUUGACAUUGCCAAACCUUAGGUGCUCCAGAAAAACGGAAGUUCCUAGGAAUCUGAUGCAACUGAAUUUGGCCUCGUAAUGCCCUAUCUAACAGCCUCAAAAUUGACAAAAACCAUAGCAGGGCAACAAGAACUUGUAAACCUUGUUGCUGAGAAGGCAGAGAUUGAUGGUUCUUUUGAUCCUCUGGAAGAAAAUGGCCAAAAUGUUAAUCGUGUGAUGAUGUGUGUCGACUUUGCCCUGCCCUUAUUCAAUGCAAAUAUUGAGUCCACAAAAUUCACAAAGUUCUACUGUGACCAAAUUCUGCCCAAUUAUGAUGCAAUAGGUACACUGAAGGAUGGCUCCACCCUACAGUAUCAUGCCUUGAAGCAACUGGCAGAGCUCAGUACACAUUGUGGGAAACUGGAGAACCCAUCCCUUCAUGUGGUUCAGAUUUUCGAUAAAUUGAAG